UGGCGUCUGCAAAGUUGCUAGCGCCAGUGAAGCCCAUUGAAACAUGAAGCUCUGUAUCUAGUUUAUUUCCUACCUUUGAAUCUGGGACUCCGCUUGGGAUAUUUGGACCGACCGCUGCGUACAACGACACUCUGCUAACAGGGGGCGUUCCCGUUUACAAACAAAAUUGCCCCUUUUAGCCGUUUCCCGAAUAGUUGGGAACGGAAGAUAACUUCAGCCUCGUGGACAAGAGGAAGGAACUGAAAAAGAAGACCGUUAGCAACGUUAGUUUAUUGUUGUUUAGCCUUGUGAGGUGAAUAUUAAACAUGUAUUCAGGAGAGUCUCUGAUGGAGUUUGUCACCAAGCAAGUAGCUAUUGCUAGAGAAAAAAUCAGGAAGGUUGAAGAAGCCAUAGCCCAGUUCGAGGAAGGGCUCGGUGGCCAGCGCAGACUGUCGGAUAUGAGCUGGAAACCACAGAGCAGCUCGCACAGAGCAGAUCUUCCACAGCAUCAUGUCUGGGAAAAGGAGAAGGAUUUGACUGCCCAGCAGCUCUUUAACCAGGAGUCGAUGUCCUGUUCAGACCAGGAAGAACCAGAACAGCUAAAACUUUGCCAACAUGAAGGACAGCUCUUCCUGAACCAGGAAAAUCUUACCUUCACGGAUACUCCUCUGUCUGAAGAAACAGACUGUCAUGAACCAGAACCAAACAGGAACCAGCCAUUGUGUCAGAGUUCUACAGAACCUGAGAACCAAGAUCAGGGUGGAUGCAGGAAAGAAAACUCAGAAUCAAAUGGCAAUGAAGAACUGAAACUGAAUAAAAGGCGUCAGCGAAGCAAAGAUCACAGAGACAGUGUAGGUGGUGAAAGACAAAAAAAGCACAAAGGGGCUCACAGUGGUGGGAGAUCAUUUUAUUGUAAGCUAUGUGGAAAAUCUUUCAGUCACAAAUCUCAUUUAAAUAUUCACAUGAGAACUCACACAGGUCAGAAGCCAUAUUCUUGUAAAACUUUUGGUAAAUGUUUUACUAAAAGCGGUAACUUGACUACACACAUGAGAACUCACACAGGUGAGAAGCUAUAUUCAUGUAAAACUUGUGGUAAAUGUUUUACUGAAAGCGGUAACUUGACUACACACAUGAGAACUCACACAGGUGAGAAGCCAUAUCCAUGUAAAACUUGUGGUAAAUGUUUUAGAACCAGUGGUGUAUUAACUACACACAUGAGAAGUCACACAGGUGAGAAGCCAUAUCCAUGUAAAACUUGUGGUAAAUGUUUUACUGAAAGUGGUCACUUGACUACACACAUGAGAACUCACACAGGUGAGAAGCCAUAUCCAUGUAAAACUUGUGGUAAAUGUUUUACUGAAAGUGGUCACUUGACUACACACAUGAGAACUCACACAGGUGAGAAGCCAUAUUCAUGUAAAACUUGUGGUAAAUGUUUUAGAACCAGUGGUGAAUUAACUACACACAUGAGAAUUCACACAGGUGAGAAGCCUUAUCCAUGUAAAACUUGUGGUAAAUGUUUUAGAACCAUUAGUGUAUUAACUACACACAUGAGAACUCACACAGGUGAGAAGCCAUAUCCAUGUAAAACUUGUGGUAAAUGUUUUAGAACCAGUAGUGAAUUAACUACACACAUGAGAACUCACACAGGUGAGAAGCCAUAUCCAUGUAAAACUUGUAAUUGUUUUAGAACCAGUAGUGUAUUAACUACACACAUGAGAAGUCACACAGGUGAGAAGCCAUAUCCAUGUAAAACUUGUGGUAAAUGUUUUACUGAAAGUGGUCACUUGACUAUACACAUGAGGGCUCACACAGGUGAGAAGCCAUAUUCAUGUAAAACUUGUGGUAAAUGUUUUACUGAAAGUGGUAACUUGACUACACACAUGAGAACUCACACAGGUGAGAAGCCAUAUUCAUGUAAAACUUGUGGUAAAUGUUUUAGAACCAGUGGUGAAUUAACUACACACAUGAGAACUCACACAGGUGAGAAGCCAUAUUCAUGUAAAACUUGUGGUAAAUGUUUUACUGAAAGUGGUAACUUGACUAUACACAUGAGAGCUCACACAGGUGAGAAGCCAUAUUCAUGUAAAACUUGUGGUAAAUGUUUUAGAACCAGUGGUGAAUUAACUACACACAUGAGAACUCACACAGGUGAGAAGCCAUAUCCAUGUAAAACUUGUGGUAAAUGUUUUAGAACCAGUGGUGAAUUAACUACACACAUGAGAACUCACACAGGUGAGAAGCCAUAUUCAUGUAAAACUUGUGGUAAAUGUUUUACUAUCAGUGGUAACUUGACUAGACACAUGAGAAUUCACACAUGUGAGAAGUGAUUUAAUCUUCUAUGAGAUUCAUUAAGGCAUUUUAUUUACCUUCUGAUUUGAAAAUUCACACUUGAAAUUGUAUUCAUUAAAAUAUGUUUGGCAACAUAUCAUAGAUGCCUUAAAGUGCUCAAGGCAUGGGUGGAGACUUAUUUCAUCCACACUUCCUGUUAGAAAAACUCUUCUGAAAAGUAAUUAGCUGACAACAUCACAUUUUGUAGCUUAGCCAUUUGUAGCUUGCCUUAGGAAUGCGAAUGGGAUUGAGCUCAUGCGCACGUGAUUUAGGACACGGGUGGUCUGUGAUGUCACAAGCAUACACGGGCGGGGCAAAAGUGCAGAGAAGUCCGCAGUGUCCAUUAUUAAACAAAAGCAGCCCGAGUAGUCUUGCUUAUGGAGACUGACUUUCAUAUAGCAUCCUGCUUUGCUGGGUCUGGCAGAAUGUGUGUGUGUGUGUCACAGCAGUGAGGGACAGAAAAAAAAACAGCUUUUGUGAGAGGCUUGUUAACUCCACAGCAUCAACGAUAAUGAAUUGCGCUUGCGCGAAGCCUCCCGCAGGCUGAUUCUUGCUGCCAAUUCGGAGUUGGUAAUGGUAGGCAUGCUUUUGAGUUAGCCAGUCAGUCAGCAGUGGGCGUGUCUUCCCUGUUCGGCUCCAGGUGGACCUCCUUGGGAAGAGGGCUGAAAAGACAUCUGGAGUGAGAAACUCUUAACCCAUGCCAUUAUUUUACUCAGAUCUUUAACUUGUAGUCACAUCUGCCUUAAAAAUGUUCUUGCUUUAUACCAGUGUCCCUCAAUAGGCGGUCCAGACCUGGCCUGAGAAUGUCCAAGUUUUCAAUUCUGCUCUGCUUGGCCAGGGAGCACAUUGCUUGUGAUAUGGAUGAGGCACUGUGGCCAGAUAAAAACAGAAGAGCGGAUGCAGCACAGUUGUUUAUUUUUUUCUUUAUUCGUUUUAGCUUAACUAUUAAUUAUAGUCUGUUUGUAUAUGUAGACCACUGCAUAGGCAACUCUGUGUUGGUUUGGAUGAACACUGCUGUUUUUGUGUUAAAACACACUAAAGUAUAUUUUGUAAAGUGUUUGUGAGUUUUGUACUCAAACAUUCUGAAAUAUUUUAUGUACAAUGCACUGUUGUAGUACAGUAGGUGUAACACUGAACACAAUAAGUCAUUAUGAUGACUUGAGAAGAAGUGGUCAUAAUGUUUUACACAUCAGAGUUAAUCUGGUUCUUAUAAAUGUUUGCUCAUGUAAUGGUUUGUGUGUCAUUUGGAAACCAAAGACCAUUUUGAGAAGAAUGUGCGUGUUUUUGGAUUCGCGUGUAGAGUUCUAAAAAUAUGUUGCAUGCUUUCAAAAAACGUGAGUAAACAACUGUGAAGAAC